ACACUUUUUCUCGUAAAUAUGAUAAGAUUUUAAUUUGCUAACAUUGGUUGAGAUAUUAUAUUUAACAUAAUUAAUUAGUUACAUAAUAUUUAAAAUCGGAAUGCAUACUGAUUUAUCACCUCACUUGCAUACUCAUGAGUGCAAUAUCCUAAUAAAAAAAUUACAAGAUUGUCAUGUUGAGCAUUCCUUCCGAAAAUUUCUGGGUUAUUGCAACGACUUUGAUAGGGAUAUGAGAAAGUGUUUGAAAGGGGAACGUAUAAGACGUCAAAAGGCAAACCACGAAGAAUCUAUAAGAAGACAUGCCGAAAUUAGAAAUCGGAUAUUAGCUCAACAACAGGCUAAGCAAUAGUUAAAAAGAAAAAAAUGGAAU